GUAUGUCAAGAUGCUCGAGGUAACCUGUUUCUCAAGGACGAUAUCGGCGAAAUGUACUAUUUACGUGGUAACGUACCCGAACAUCCUAUUAUCAAUGACUACGACGAAUAUCCCUUGUUUUUGAGCAUUCUGCGAAAGGAUCCUCCAGUAGCUCCGUUGCAGGUUUCCCUUGAAGUCAAUAAACUGUCAGGAGGUAAACUGAAGCAUCUACUGGCGGGAUCUCCCUCUGGCGAAUGGAGUCAGGAAACAGAACGCAUUUUAGAGGUUGAUGUGAGACGGAUGAUCGACGAGAAUCGUGCUGUUCAUCCCUUGCUCACUUCUGACGCUAAACCAAAGCAUUUCUGGAAAGACUUUUUGGAAAAGAAAAAGAAAGCUUUACUGGAAGAACCGAAGGAAACCGCUGUUACUCCCGUUGAAUGA